AUGAUCGACCACUUCACAGGCAUCGUACACCACGACACAUACCCAGAAAUCGACCCCGUUGUAAAAUCCGAUUGUAAAGGUAAGUCGGUGCUGAUCACUGGCGCGAGCAAAGGUAUCGGCUCCUAUGUUGCGACCGGAUAUGCCCAAGCCGGGGCACAAAGAAUUGCACUCUGCGCUCGAACCCUCGCUACAGAAACUGCGGACGCCGUAAGGAAGGCGGCAAAGGACGCAGGCAGAGUCGAACCCAAUGUGUUGGUGCUUGAGAUGGACGUCUGUGACAGAUCAAGCGUGGAGGCGGCGGCAAAGAGGGUUGAGGAAGAAUGGGGUCAACUUGAUAUUCUGGUCAAUAACGCGGGCCAUAUGGCCGAGUUUGCGUCUCUCCUCGAUGUAGAUGAGGAAGAUUACAUGCGAGCAUGGGACGUCAACUACUGGGGUGUCUUCCGUACGACAAAGGCCUUUCUACCACUCAUGUUAAAAGGCGGCGACAAGACCAUUGUCAACCUCUCGAGUGUCGCGGCGCACUAUGCCGGGGUUGGUGGCGGUGCCUAUCACGUCUCCAAGUUCGCUUUGGCCCGCUUCACCGAGUGUGUGCAGGAUGAAUACGGGGCUCAGCACAAUGUCAACCGGCGGAAGCAGGCCAAGCCAACCACCAUGAGCAUCAGCUUCCCGAAAACCGAGGAGGAGGUCCUCCAGUUCUGGAAGGAUGUUGACGCCUUCCAGACUCAACUACAACUGACAGAAGAUGGACCCCGCUUCACUUUCUAUGACGGCCCUCCAUUUGCUACCGGUCUUCCUCACUAUGGCCACCUCUUGGCCUCCACCAUCAAAGAUAUCAUCCCCAGAUACUGGUCGAUGAAGGGUCACCAUGUCAUUCGUCGCUUUGGCUGGGAUACCCACGGCUUGCCGAUCGAAUAUGAGAUAGACAAGAAGCUCGGCAUCUCUGGCAGAGACGCAGUGAUGCAGAUGGGGAUCGAAAAGUACAAUGCGGAAUGCAGGGCCAUUGUGAUGAGAUACGCGACGGAAUGGAGGCAUACUAUCGAGCGACUCGGUCGCUGGAUCGACUUUGACAAUGAUUACAAGUCCAUGGAUACCACCUUUAUGGAAUCAUGCUGGUGGGUGUUCAAGCAGCUCUUCGAUGGCGACCAUGUAUAUCGCGCGUACCAGAUUAUGCCCUUUUCCACGGCCCUCUGCACGCCCCUUUCCCAGAUGGAAGCGAAGCAAAACGAGAAGAUGACCCAAGACCCUGCCAUCAUUGUUUCUUUCCCAAUUGUUGGCGUCGAGGGCAUGGAGAACACUUCUUUCCUCAUCUAUACCACCACGCCAUGGACACUCCCAUCCAAUCUCCUGAUUGCUGCGCAUCCCGAUUUCGAGUACCUGGUCAUCCUUGACGAGGCUUCCGGCCGUCAGUACGUGCUUAUGGAGUCGGGUCUAGGCUCCAUCUAUAAAAAUCUCAAGAAGGCCAAGUACAAGGUCAUCAAGAAGCUGAAGGGCAAGGACAUCAUCGGCUGGAAGUAUGAGCCCCUCUUCAAAUACUUCGUCAAGGAUUUCUCCGACUGCUUCCAGGUUAUCGGAGCCGAUUAUGUUGAGGCGGGAGAGGUCGACGACAAGGGCCAAUUCACCGACGAAGUCCCAGAGUACGCCGGCCAGCAUGUCAAGAUCGCGGACAAGGCCAUUCUGAAGGACCUGAGGUCUACCGGCCGUCUCAUAAUUGAGAGUCAUACCAUGCAUACCGACAAGUUCUGCUGGAGGUCCGACACCCAGCUCAUCCGAAAGGCGGUGUCUUCUUGGUUCAUCCGAGUCACUGAUUCUAUCCCUGAGAUGCUCAAGAACCUCGAGGGAACGAAUUGGGUCCCCACUGCCGUCAAAGAGAAGCGUUUCACUAACUGGGUUGCCAAUGCCCACGACUGGAACGUCUCGCGCAACAGGUAUUGGGGAACCCCGAUUCCUCUCUGGGUGAGCGAAGACUACGAAGAGGUCGUCUGCGUGGGCAGUGUGGCGGAACUCAAGGAGUUGAGCGGCUAUGAAGGCCCUCUCGAUGACCUCCACCGUGACAAGGUUGACCAUAUCACAAUCCCAUCCAAGAAAGGCAAGGGCACCUUGCGAAGGAUUGACGAAAUUUUCGAUUGUUGGUUCGAGUCGGGAAGCAUGCCCUACGCGUCGGCGCACUACCCGUUCAAGAACAAGGACGCCUUCCAGGGAGGCCUCUUCCCCGCCGACUUCAUUGCUGAGGGUCUCGACCAGACCCGAGGUUGGUUCUACACUUUGACGGUUCUUGGCAACAAGCUCUUCCACGUCUCCCCUUUUAAGAACUGCAUCGUCAAUGGUAUCGUGCUUGCUGAGGAUGGGAAAAAGAUGUCGAAGCGCCUCAAGAACUAUCCGGACCCCUCUGUCAUUCUUUCUCAGUAUGGAUCUGACGCGCUGAGGCUGUACCUUAUCAACUCGCCUGUGGUGCGUGCCGAGUCCGUCAGAUUCAAGGAGUCUGGUGUUAAGGAAAUUGUUUCUCGCGUUCUUCUUCCUCUCUGGAAUAGCUACCGCUUCUUCUCCGAGCAGGCCGCGCUAUACAAGAAGAUUACCGGAAAGGAGUUUGUCGGCGCCAAGUCGCUGUCCGGUGACCAGCUGGGCAAUGUCAUGGAUAAGUGGAUCCUUGCAAACUGCCAAAGUUUAUUGCGGUACAUGGAUCAGGAAAUGUUGGGGUACCGGCUCUACACUGUUGUUCCCCGGCUUCUUCGAAUCAUUGAUGACCUUACGAACUGGUACAUUCGAUUUAACCGCAAGAGGCUCAAGGGCGGUGCCGGCUUGGGAGUGGAAGAUACCGAGGCUGCGCUCAACACGCUUCUUCAGGUUCUCUUCACCAUCGUCCGUGCCAUGGCUCCUUUCACACCGUUCUUGACCGAGCAUAUCUACAGUCUCCUAAAGCCCCAGCUGCAGCCUGUCAUCGAAGAGUAUCGAGACUCUCGUAGCGUGCAUUUCCUCCCCUUCCCCACCGUCCAGGAGGCGCUUUUCGACGAAGUGGUCGAGAGGAAGGUUGCAGCAAUGCAAAAGGUUAUUCAGCUAGGACGGACAGUCCUCGCGGAUGUCGAGUCCCUAAGCUCGUAUAUCAAGGAAGAGUUAAAUAUCCGCAAUAUCAUCCUUACCAGCGACGAGGCACAGUACAACAUCAUUCUCGAGGCCAAGGUCGACUGGCCCACGCUUGGCAAGAAGCUGAAGAAGGAUGUCCAGAUUGUUCGCAAGGGGCUACCUGGCUUGACGCAGGAUCAGUUGAGGCAGUACCUAAAGGAAAAGACCAUUGUCGUCGACGGGAUCCAGCUAGAGGAGAACGACCUCAACAUUAUCCGAGUCCUUGGCGGUGACGCAACUGUUCAGUCCGCGGACGGCGCCAAAUGGGAGCCGGCAUUCCUGGAAGAUGUCAUUGUCCUUCUCGACACUGUCCCGCACCCCGAGCUUGCUGAAGAGGGGAUAGCCCGUGAGAUCAUUAACAGAAUCCAAAAGAUGAGGAAGAAGGCGGGACUAGUCCCCACCGACGAUAUCCGCAUGCAAUACAAGAUCGUCAGCAAGGCAGACGAUCUCGAUUUUGCAAACCUGGUAUCUUCGCGAGAUGACCUAUUCAGGAGUACGGUACGGGGAGCCAUAGAGCCUUUCGGAGAGACGACUAGCCAAGAUGCAGUCAUCUUGGAAGAGGAGCAAAUCAUUGGUGAUCUGACACUGAUGCUGAGACUUGCCAAAUUGUGA